AUGCCAACUGCCAGAACCGUAUCCAUCGGAGCAGUAGCUCAUCAAACCCGUAAAAACAAAACCAGUGGACCCCCAAAGAAAACGAAGAAGUCAAAAAACCCAAAACCGUCAAAGAAGAAGGCGAAGAAAAAUGAAAAAGAGGAAACGGAGCAAGAGCAACGGCAACAAAUUGAGCUGGAUAUGUUGUUGAAACGGUUGAAGCAGGAUGAGAAAUCGGAUGACGAGUAUUCAGAUGAGCCAAAAUUUGCAGAGAAGACUUCGUUGGAAAAGAAGAAGAAGAAGAAGGAUAAGACGAAUGAGCCAAUUACCGAGAAGCAAAAACUGAAAAAGUAUCAGGUGGAUCGAGAGGAUUACAUGCAACAAUGUGCGAAUGCAGAUGAGAAGCCUGUUUUUUAUGAGGAAUACACGCCCACUCAUUUUUCGACUUUUUUUGGAAUCGAGAAGACUGGAUGGUCCCAUUCAGCCAGUAAAACAUUCCAACAUCUUGUACAGUAUACGAAUGAAGUGAUGGAAGAGUAUGAGCCUCCAACGAUGGACCACUUCUCGGAAUUGCUCACCAAGUCUCCAAAACUCCGAAGAACAUCUCCAUACACAAAUUUCUGCUUCAACCCAAUUCAAGCCAUCCGAGCAUGGACCCUGCUCAAUAAUAUUGCUCAGAAUAAGACUGCUGAAGAGUUGAGACAGUUUAUUGAUGGAUUGAUCACUCUAUUCGAUCAUUAUCAUAAAACCGUUUUUGAUAUUCUACCAAACCCUCCGAAUAAAACUGGAUUAAAGAAGAGGCAGUUUGAUGUGUUGGCACCAGGCAAAGCACAUCAAUGUAUUGAGGAUUCAAUGGCAAAAUUGUUUGGAAAGUUUCAGGAUGAAACGAACGCAUCUACUGAUCCCUUCUUCACUUAUUACGAAGAUCAUUUGCAUCAAAACCCAGGAUCUCUUGACUAUGUCGAUGACAAAACUGCAUUUGACACAGGCGCCCCUGGAAUCAAUCUUGCAAAACCAUUCUACUACGUGAUGAGUCGAAAGUUUGAGGAUAACUUCAUGAUUGUGUGUGGCGGAUAUUUUAACAACACAAUCUGGGCCAAUAAGGCAUGA